GAGCGCCGCUCAGAGUGCACCCGGACCCAGGCCGCGGACUCCAGUCGCUAUGGUAACGUGGCCCGCGCUGUAGGUGAGGCGGGCGAGUGCUGGAGCUCGGAAUGCAGGAGACCCCAGAGCGGACUAGAGCGGUUCUUGGGCGCGCGCAGGGAGGCAAAGCGGACUUCGCUGGGUCCUGCCAGGUGGCGCACGCGCUGCCACCAUGCUGCCACCGUGCUCAGAGCGGGAACUGGGUGAGCUGCUGGCUCGAAAGGAGGAGGAAUGGCGAGCCCUGCAGGCGCACCAUGCCCAUCUGCAAGAGACAGCUCUACAGACCACUCGGAAACAUCUGGAGGAGACACAAGGGAAGCUGAGGCGCUUGCAGGAGGACUUUGUCUACAACCUUCAGGUGCUGGAGGAGCGGGACCGUGAGCUGGAGCGCUAUGAUGCUGAAUUCACCCAAGCCCGUAGGCGGGAGGAGGCCCAGCAAGCAGAGGUCAGUGAGCUCAAGAUAGAGGUGGCCAAGCUGAAGCAGGCACUCACCAGAGAGGCCAGGCGCGUGGAAGAGUUGCAGCAUCAGCACCAGCUAAGGUUGCAAGAGCAUCACUUGGAGCUGGAGCGUGUCCACAGCGACAAGAAGAAUGAAAUAGACCGCCAGCAGGAGCAGUAUGAGAACCUCAAGUGGGAGCUGGAGAGAAAACUGAGGCAACUCGAUGGCGAACUUGCUCUUCAAAGACAGGAGCUGCUGCAGGAGUUCGAGUCUGAAAUGCAGAGAAGGGAUCAUGAGUUCCAGUUGAGGGCUGAUGACAUGAGCAAUGUAGUCUUGACCCAUGAGCUCAAGGUGAAACUGCUAAACAAAGAGCUGCAGGCUCUCAGAGAAGCUGCAGCACAGGCAACGGAGAGUCUGCAGAAGGCAGAAGCAGAGCACAGCCAGUUACAGAGGAAGCUACAGGACCAUGCCCUGGAGCUCCAGAAUCUGGAGGCUGUGAAGGAUGCUCGGAUAAAGGACUUGGAGGAGAAGCUUCAGUCUGUACAGCUGACUAGGAAGAGAGCUGAGGAGACCUUCAGGAGGAAACAUGAAGAGCUUGACCAUCAGGCCAGGGAGAAAGACGCAGUGCUGGCAGCAGUGAAGGACUCCCAUGCAGAGCAGCUGCAAGCGCUGGAGGCCAGGGUGCUGCAGCUCCAGGCCCACGGGGAAGCCCUUGAGGGACAGCUGCGCAGGGCCGAGUGGAUGCGUGCUGAUGCUGCCAAGGAAAAGAAUGCUGUCAUUGACAAACUUCACAAAGAUGCAGCAGCUUUGAAAGCUGCCUGGGAUGCCCAGAUCACUCAGAUGUCCAAGGAGGCUGUCUCCAAAGACCUUCAGGUUCAGAUGCUACAGGAAGAAGAGGCAAAGCUCAAGGCACAGGUGGCUGGGUUCCAGAAGGACAUAGACAGGUACAAACAGCAACUGUCCCUGGCAGUGGAAAGGGAACAGAGCCUGGAGCGUGACCAGGUGCAGCUAGGCCUAGACUGGCAGCGCCGUUGCGAUGAUGUUGAACGAGACCAGAUCCAGAAAUCCGAGACUUUGAUCCAAGGGCUGACCAAGGCCAGAGAUCAGGUGGCUGCUAAGCUCGAGGAGACAGAGAAGGCACUGCAUAGGCUGGAGACAUUGCUGAAGGCUGUGUCAUUGGAGAGAGACCAGGCUAUGGAAACUCUGCGGACACACGGACUCCUCCCGGGACAGGAGGCACAGGUACCUCCACAGCAGCGUGAAGGAGAAAUGGGGAAAGACCUCCUGUCCAGUGAGAUCCAGAGGCUACAGGAACAGAACGCAGGUCUGCGGAAUGCUGUUUCACAGAUGAGGAGAGAGAUGGAGAUGCUGAGUGGCCAUGUCCCUUCUGCUCACCCAGAAGAGUGCCCAGGUACAAACCCUGGUGCCAAGGCUGGAGGAGACUCAGCCCCCCCAGAUCUUGUUCUGGCUCUCGAAGCAGAAGUGCAAACCCUAAAGCACAAAUUGAAAGCACUGGAAGAGCAGCGGGGAGGUGUCGAGGAGCCAGCGAAGGCACCUUUGCCGGCUGCUGACCCACACCCACGCCCUGGCGCCUGCAGCUCUGCAGGAGGAGCUGGGGCAGCUUUGACAGACCAGGUAUCCAUUGCAUUAGCACUCAGAAAACUCGGAGACAGAGUGCAUCUCUUGAACUUGCUGAUGACACAGCUCAAAAAGAAGCUGUGGCAGAAACCCCUGGAGUCGGUCACUGUCCAGCAUGAGCUCCCCAGUGAUGUGGACCAGGUGCACCUGGAGGUUUUGGAGCUGCAGAAGCAGAUGGCUGAGCUAAGGAAGCAUCUCAAGAUGGCCUGGGCCCAAGGAGAACCUUCAUACAGGGAACAGCUACAGAGACAGGGCCUGACUGACUGGAGACCCAUGGUCACAGCGGACCAGACAGAGUUCACUAGUCUCCUGCAGGAAGGGGCACAGCCUCCACAGACCCUAUCUGUGCCACAUCUGCAAAAGAAGCUAAAGAACGCAGCUAGGAAAAUACACAGCCUCAGCCUAGAGAGGGAGCAGCUUCUGGAAAUGGGGAAUAGACUCCGAGCAGAGCUGGGCCACCGCAAAGGGACACUGACUCCUUGUCCACUUCCUCCCACCUCUGAGUCCCGGGACCCCCGUGAGAGGCCUGAGACAUCUUUAGACCGUGGCCUACCUUUGGCACAGUUGCAGCCUCACUCAACUCAGGACCCUAGGCACACCAAGAGAAAAUGUGUUCCUGAAUAUGCAGGGAAAAAACAACCCCAUCCUGCCCAAGUGGUCAGCAAAAACAACACCCCGGGAGGCUACAAGGCAGGCGUGGCACCAAGGCCUGCUCAGAAACAACCCAGAGUCCCCACAGAAACUUGGAAGUCAGUUUCUCAGAAAGAAAACAGGUCUCCACGGCUACCACCACAGGCUCAAGAAGUCCCCGAGGAAAGUGACCGUCAUACCCACAGGUCAUCUUCGUUGGCCAGCAGUUCCCUCCAGGACACCUGGAGGCUGUUAGACCUGGGAUCCAGCCUUUCAGGCAACCCCUCACAGGAUGACUCUGCUGCAGAGUGCCCAGCACCUCUGGGAGCCAGCCGUCUCCAAAAGGUUGACCAGAGUCCUGUCACCAUGCAAAGCACUUUUGCUGUCAAAGGUCUAAAGAUGGAAGUUCAGCCAAAAGCCACACACCCCAGACCCAGCACGUCUCAUCCAGCUAAACCCACAAACUUCAAGACGCAGCGGCACCCUAGGAUCCGCAACUACAACCUCAAGAACUAAGUCUCGGCCCCCUUCAGGGGACCCAAGAAGGCCUCCAGAUUGGAGCCUGUGCUUGGGGCCUGUGUGCAUGAGUGUGCACAUGGCAUACAGGUGGGCUGUGCGCACAGGGCAGGCUCCCGAUGAUGGCCUUGCUGAUGUCAUCAAACCAUUAAAACCCUCCUCCUUCUGCUUGGCCUGCAAAGUUGUCUAUCUUGUCCUACUUGCCUCCGGCCUGUGUCACCACUUACAGCCGCUGUGCACUAACCAUUGUCAUUCAGUGUC